AUGUUAUUGUUAUCUUUAUUACUAAUACCUAUUAUAGGUUUAUCUGUUAUAUAUAUAGGAAUGUACGACGAUCCUUCUAGCUUAAAUAUAAAACAUAUUAAAAUUAUUGGUUUAAUAACUUCAAUCGUUAAUUUAUUUGUCUCUUUAAUUAUGUUUAUAUUUUUUGAUUUCAGUAGUAAUCAAUUCCAAUUUGUUCAAGAAUAUCAUAGCAUAAGUAGCUUUGAUUUUUAUCUAGGUGUGGAUGGUUUAUCCAUAUAUUUUGUUUUAUUAACAACUAUAAUAAUGCCAAUUGCAUUGUUAUCUAAUUGA